AUGUUCUCCAGCACAACGGGGCUGACAGACGGUGUCAGCGCCGCAGCCAGCGGCCUCGGUCCCCAGUCGGCCCUGCGGUACCCGCACCCUCGGAGCCCGCAUGUGCACGCUUCCCUCCGGGAGGCGGUGACCUUCGAGGACGUGGCUGUGAACUUCUCCCGGGAGGAGUGGGCCCUGUUGGAUCCUUCCCAGAGGAAGCUCUACCGAGAUGUGAUGUGGGAGACCCUGAGGCACCUGGCCGCCGUAGGAAGGAACUCAGGUGAAGAACACUUUGGAGAUGAGCAUAGCAGGUGCAGGAAAAGUCUGAGAAGUGAAGAUGUAGAGAAAUCCUGUAAAGAUACAUUAUGGAGCCAAUAUGGACAAGGGGCUUCUCAGACUCCAGAGCCACAUGUGCACACGAGAGGUGUUGGUGGAACACCCCACGAACGCAUUGCUUCUAGAAGCGUCCUGGCAGGUGGCUCGUCAGCGCAUGGCCCCGUCAUGGCUAACACUGAGCUCAGAGCAUAUGGGCAGCAAGGAUUUGAAGAGAAGCUUCCUCCCUGUAGCCAACAUGGGAAAUCCUGCACGAGACUCCAAUCCUUUCAGGAACAUGCAAAGACAAGUCCUCGGCAGAGGCCCCAUGACUACAUGCCAUGUUCAAAAGCCUCCUGUCAUUUGACUGAAGAAAGUACCGUGGAAACAAGACCUGAUGUCAAAUCAUGUGCUACUUAUAGUAAUAUUCGAAUUGGGGAAACAGGUCACAGGGAUGUGAAUACGUAUAUGUGCACACCAUGUGGAAAUGGUUGUAAUUCUCAUGAUACUCAGAUACAUGGAAAAUCUAGUGCUGGAGAAAGCACACAUGAGCGUGAGCACCAAGGAAAAUCCUUCAGUAACACUUUGUUGAAUAAUCCUGAAAGAACUCACAUUGUGGAGAAACCCUAUGUAUGUAAGCAGUGUGGGAAAGCUUUCAUCAGAUACAUUAAAUUCAAAGAACAUGAGCAAACUCACAGUAGGGAAAAUCCCUUCAUAUGUAAGCAAUGUGGAAAAUCUUUCAGAACACAAAGUUCUUGUCAAGUGCAUGAACGAAUCCACACUGGGGAGAAACCCUAUGUAUGUAAUCAGUGUGGAAAAUCUUUUAGAACAAAAGCUUAUUGUCAAUUACAUGAAAAGACUCACAGUACAGAGAAAGCCUAUAUAUGUAAGCAGUGUGGCAAAGCUCUCAAGGCCUAUGCUUCUUAUAAAGCACAUGGGAGAAGUCACAGUGGGGAGAAACCCUACGUAUGUGUGCACUGUGGGAAAGCUUUUGCCAGAAAAAGGAGUUGCCGAGUACAUGAACGGACGCACACUGGGGAGAAACCCUAUGUAUGUCAGCAGUGUGGGAAAAGAUUUACUGGAAAAGAUAGAAUGCGAGUCCAUGAAAGGUCUCACAGUACAGAGAAACCCUAUAGAUGUAAGCAAUGUGGAAAAGCUCUAAAGACAUACGAUUCUCAUAAAGUACACGAAAGGACUCACUCUGGGGAGAAACCGUAUGUAUGUAAGCAAUGUGGCAAAGCUUUUACCAGAAAUAAGAGUCUUCAAGUACAUGAAAGGACUCACACAGGCGAGAAACCCUAUGUAUGUCAGCAGUGUGGGAAAGCUUUUAGCAAAAAAGAUAAUUUGCACAUACAUGAAAGGAAUCAUGCUGGAGAGAAACCGUAUGUAUGUCAGCAGUGUGGAAAAUCAUUCAUCACAAGAGAUAGACUGCAAGCACAUGGAAGAACUCACUCUGGAGAGAAACCUUAUGUCUGUCAGCAAUGUGGCAAAGCUUUUGCCAGCAAAGGGAAUUGUCAAGUGCAUGAAAGAACGCACACCAAGGAGAAACACCAUGUAUGUCAGCAAUGUGGGAAAGCUUUUAGUUCACGGAGAUCUUGCCAAAAUCAUGAACGGAGUCACACUGGGAGGAUGCCCAUUGUAUGCCAGCAAUGUGGGAAAGCUUUUAGUUCGCACACAGCUUGCCAAAAUCAUGUACAGAGUCACACUGGGAGGAAGCCUUAUGUCUGUCAGCAAUGUGGGAAAGCUUUUACUAGCAAACAGAAUUGUCAGAUACACGAAAGGAAACACACUGGGGAGAAACCCUAUGUAUGUUAGCAAUGUGGGAAAUCGCUUAGCACAAAAAAUAGACUGCAAGCACAUGAAAGGACUCACUGGAGAGAAAUCUUAUGUAUGUAAGCAAUGUGGAAAAGCUUUCAGCACAAGAAAUGACUGUCAAAAACAUGAAAGGAUUCACACUGGGGAGAAACCCUAUGUA